UUUGUGAAUGGCCCGGCGCCUUCUGUGACCUUUCAUGUGUCCCAGAAGACACCGGAUCAUUCACAAAGCGCAGCACCGCUUCUUGCGCAUGCGCACUUGGCACCCGGCUGUCAUGCCCAGUGCCCACACUACAGAAGCCGGGAAGACAGCACGCCGCUGGAUAGAGGAACAGGUAAGAUCAAAGAACAAAGAAGUAAGAGCGGGUACCUGUCAAAUUCAGGUACCCGCUCCCCACCUCUUCAAAGGUCAACAGUCAUCUCCAUAAGGUCC